GGUGGCGGACGGUCAUAGAAAACGGCGUCCUGGAGGCAGUGCUGUUGUGUUGUUUACCUGGCUGGCGGGCGUUGGAGUUACCGUUACUUCUGUUGGUACAUCAUCUGCCAUGACUUUAGGCCAAAACUCAUCAAAUAGGUUUUCAGGCGGGGACUACCUCACUGAAGACACAACCCUACGCUCAUACUCCCUCUAUCCCAGGAAGAAGCGGUGUUGUCAUGGUGAUGGUGAUGGUUUCAUGAUCAUUGCUACCUGUUUCUUUGUCCUAACAGUUGCUAUUACUGUUGCCCUCAUCAUCCAGAUUCACUAUGGAAACCCAGAGGUGACCCCUCAUGGAGCUGUUGCUACAGAUGAGGAGGAAUGUAGUCAUGUGGGCGUCACUGUCAUGAGGGGCGGCGGUAGUGCUGUUGAUGUGUCCAUAGCCUCUAUACUCUGCAUGGCUGUUGUUCAUCCACACACAGUAGGACCAGGAGGAAGUGGUGUGAUGCUGGUACAUGAUCACAAGGCCAACACAUCUACUGUGCUUGACUUUAUGAGUGGUGUCCCUCACAGUCACAGACCGGAAGAACCUCGGCCCAAUAAAACAGAUGGACGGAGUAUUGAGUACCUGGAUUGCUACGAGGCCUAGAAUAUGCUCAUAAAGU